AUGUCCGACUACGGCAAGAGCCAGCAAUAUGUGUAUGACGCCGAAGCCACACGAUCGAAUCAGGUUUCAAGCUACCCCGGUAUUGCACAGCCAUCGUUCGCCUCUCCAUAUACGGAUGCACCCACGCGUCUAGUUCAUGGGCACUCGAACGCAGAUCUGCCUUAUAUACCUAGCUCGGCAUACGAGUCACGCGGCUCUGGCGAUCUUCUACCUGCUACCUCAUUUAUCGAUGCAAGACCUCGUCAUCCCGCUUCUCACACAAGCACUGAAACGGAAAUAACGGGCUUCGUUACGCCUACGCAAGGCACCGCUGGAUCUACCGUCAGUUUACAACUCCGAACGAAUUACGAUCUCGCUGCAGAGCAGUACGCCUUCAUCCUUAUGUUUGGCAAGAAGGCAUGCGUUACAGGCCUGCAAAAGGUGGACUACGACGAUGACUGGUACAACUAUGUUCUCAGCGUGGAGGUCCCACCCUUCCCGUUAACUAACACAUGGGAUCCUACUAUGAUGCUGAAACUACAGAUGGAGAAGGAUGGUCAUUUGCGCCAUCAAGCAGACGCUGGCAGAUUUACUUACACGGACAUGUCUCCCAACCUUGCGUAUCAGUCCGCUUCCGACUUUUCCAAGAAGCGCAAGUACUCCACGGAUUUUGCGGACGAGGAAGGUUUCGACACGAUAGCUGCAAAGCGUCAAAACACACACCGCAUUCAAGCAAAGCCGCGCUCGAUGUCUGGAGCCUACUCAACAGCACAACUGUCACCCUUGCCGGCGCAGUCCUCACUCUCCAGUGGUUUUGGUCAGGCUGGAGCUUACGACAUGAGCAGAAGCAGCACUUACUCCUCUCAACUAUCGCAGAAAGGUCUGUAUGCAGUUCCAAGCAUGAGCCAAAACGACUUGAAGCCCCCACAGAUGUCCCCUGGGCUGCAACCCUACAGUCACUACAGUUCUCUUGCACAGCCGAGUCGCAGUCCUGGUUCGAUGGCUGUGACAACGUCAGGCCUAUCGGUUCUGCCGUCACCGUCCACUCUUCCAGCUCCUGUUCUGGUCCGAGCAACAUCGAUCGCACCAAGUGGGGGCGCUUCGAGUGGUCAACCAUUCAACCCAUACUCCAUGUACCAGACAAAGGCGAUUUUGAAGAUUGAAGGCGACCUGGAUAAGAUGGCCGAAGAAUGGUCGCAGGAGGAGAUUGAUGCGAAACGACGACUUGUACAAUUCGAACGAUCACAACAUGGCAGUACGAUCACAACAACGUUCACGCCCAUCACGCCCGAAGCUCGUCCAACAAGAAGCAUCUGUGUGAGUUGUAUCUGGUGGGAAGAGAAGGAUGAGUACUAUAUCACUAGCGUGGAUACGAUAUACCUCCUCGAACAGCUGGUGAAUGUGCGCUUUACUGUCGAAGAGAAGAACCGCAUUCGUCGAAAUUUGGAAGGGUUUCGGCCGCUCACGGUAUCUAAAGCGAAAGUGGACAGCGAGGAGUUCUUUAAAGUCAUCAUGGGCUUUCCUACGCCCAAGCCGCGCAACAUCGAGAAGGAUGUCAAGGUUUUCGCCUGGAAGAUACUUUCUCACGCGUUGAAGAAGAUCAUCAGCAAAUAUUCCGCCAGCUACGCCUCAACGGCUGGCGCAGGAUCACUCCCUAUCGUUUCGACACCGUCCUACGCUUCGAGUGGCCUUGCAUAUGCGUCUGGGAGUAUGCAUCGGACCUCGCCGCGAUCGGGGUCUGCGUCGAUGGCCUCAGCUACCUACACACCUAGUAUGACAUCCACGAGCUUAUCGCCUACCUUCAAGAUGUCAGCAGGCCUUGAGGGAUCAUCUGUGCAUGGCAUGCCUACCCCGCAGAGGACACCCUCAGUACAGAGCAUGACUCAGUGGGGAGCAGGAGCUCAUCAGAUGUCGCAUUACCCAUCGACCCUGACACAAGGAGGACGGGGAUCCUGGGAGUACGGGUACCUCAGCAACCCCGCGGUAGCCGGUGUACCGUCUGCUUCGCAAGCACUUCGAUCAGACGGCGCACCCGAUAUCAGCCAGAUGUCGGCAGACGCCGCCUACCAGCAAUAUGGACACCGUACGACGAGGGUGUGA